CAUUUAAUGUCAAUAUAAAGUGCAUACUUAUCAAAUAGUUCAACAUGCGGACCAAAACAUUGUUGGUUUUGUGUUUGCAAGUUUUGUUUUAUGAGAAAACUUGCGCGCAAUGUUACACUUACGGACCAACACGCAUGGAUCGAUACGGAAUAUCGCGGAAAAAUCCCUACGCGGUUGCCAGAAACAGUUACCAAGAUUUAGCGCCAUCUAGCGGUUUUAGCGGGCAACUGUUACUCGAAACUUUAUCGAAUUUACCGCCGCCAUCAUUUAGUAUUGUGUCUGAUGGAUUGGUUAUAAAUGGGGCAGUGUCAGUCUCUGGCACUUUGCCAUUCGUCAGCUCAGUGGCAAUUCAAGGAGACCUGCCAGUAUGCGGGAUGGGAACUGUCGACUUUAACUCUGCCAGUGGCAUACAAGAGAUGCCAGUGGCCAGCAGAAGGGACCUGGCAUUCCCGUAUAUAAUGCCGUAUUAUUAAUAAUUUAAAUGUUGUUGUUAACUAAAUAUAUAGCUAUUUUCGAU